AGCAAUAACAAGACCUAUUGCUUGGCUAUACUCCCAUCCCUAUCGCCGGCAUAAACAAGCAACAAAAGCAACGAAAUAUUAAAACAAAAAUGUCGAACUUUGUGAAUUUGGACAUCUUCUCGAACUACCAAAAGUACAUAGACAAUGAACAGGAGCUCAGGGAGAACAUCCGCAUUGUGGUACGCGAAAUCGAGCAUUUGGCCAAGGAAGCGCAGAUUAAACUGCAAAUUAUACAUAGCGAUUUGAGCCAGAUUAGUGGCGCCUGCGGCUUGGCCCGCAAACAAAUCCAGUCAUGUGCCGAAAAGUACCACAAAUUGGCCGAACUGGUGCCAACUGGACAGUACUACAGAUACUCCGAUCACUGGACCUACAUUACGCAACGUUUGAUCUUUCUCAUUGCCUUGGUUAUUUACCUGGAGGCGGGCUUUUUGGUCACCCGCGAAACAGUCGCCGAAAUGCUGGGAUUGAAGACCAGCCAGUCGGAGGGUUUCCACCUGGAUGUGGAGGACUAUCUACUGGGCAUUCUGCAGUUGGCAUCGGAACUCUCCCGAUUCGCCACCAAUUCCGUCACCAUGGGCGACUACGAGCGGCCCCUGAAUAUCUCCCACUUUAUUGGCGACCUGAACACGGGCUUCCGUCUGCUGAACCUGAAGAACGAUGGCUUGCGAAAGCGCUUCGAUGCCUUAAAAUAUGAUGUCAAGAAGAUCGAGGAGGUCGUCUACGAUGUCAGCAUACGCGGUCUGUCCAGCAAGGAGAAGGGCCAGCAGGAGGAGCAGGCUGCUCCUGCAACCGAAUAGCGGACUUCGUAUGUAGGCUAACAGCCAGUUUACUUAAGACCUUAAUUAAGAUGGAAGAGUUCCAUUUAAAGACACAUACAUAUAUAUCUCCGCCAUUGAACAGAAA